AAUAAAUACACAGAAUUAGGUAAGUAUUUGAGCAAGUGCUCGAGCACAGAAUAAAGACUCAAAUUUCUGAGAGCAUCUUGGAUAGCCUUCUUGAAUUCUUUGACAUUGUUGCUUAGCCAUAUUAUAUGCGUUCUGUGGCACAAUGAGAGCUCUGCUAUUGGCAGUCGUGCUGCUCACUUUGGUGUACCUAAGCAGCUCCGCUGAGACGAAGGCAAGCGCCAGCAGAUUGCAAAGCUGUCGACGCACAGUUCGGGCCAAAUGUAAACCGAAUGGCAAAAUAUGUGUGCGCAUCGCACGCAGCAAUCUGUGUCAACUGAGAAGUUACAGCUGCAAACAAAGGCUGGCCAAUUGCAGAACAGCCAACAGCAAUAAUUCGCUGUCCCAAGCAUUUUAUCAGAGAGUCAACAGAAAACUCUGCUCGAGCAACAAAAUCAAUCAAAGUUUGCCCUGUGCCAGCUCCAACAACAACAACAACAAUAGCACGAAUACUCCAAUAAUAUAUGCAUGAAAUGUGUGUAGAGGGAAAUUUCAUAUAUGCUCAUCGUUUGCAUGUGAGAGUGAAGUGCCAAAGUUGAUUGACUCUCAUCUUGAAUAAUUUAUGCUAUCAAUAUAACAUCUGGAUACUUUAAGUAAAAGCUUGCCUUUGUCUAACAUGCAUUCAGCUGGUGCUAUGUUAAGAGUUAACAGGUUUAGGUUGACUGAUAAUUAAAGCAAAUUUUUAUUGAUGAAAAUAAACCAA